GUCUUGACAGAAUCUGCAGUGUAUUUUCAGCCCCUCUACUCACAGCCCUGGCCCCUGUCUGCCCCUCAGCCUGUCUGCACCACCCUUGGUUCCCAUCAUCCCCACCUCUGUGUCCUUUCAAGAAUGCUCUCACACUUUCCUGCUUUUGCUGCUUAUCCCAGGAAUACCAUUCCCUGUAGUCAUUGUGCAGUCAGACUCCUAUUCAUCCUUCAGAGCCCAUUCCUCCAGGAAGCCUUCUCUGACUUCCUAGGUUGGCCAGACAGUCCUUGGACACAUUCCCACAGCCCCCUGAGCUCAUCUCACAAGAGACCUCUCAUCAAAUUGCAGUUGUCGGUUGAUGCUUCUGCCUUGUCCUCCAGAUUCAGACCGUUCAUGUCUGUGUUCUCAGCAUUGAUUAAACACGUGUAUGUGUCGAGUGCCUGUUAAAUGUCAGCACUCUUACAGGCCCUGAGAAACAGCAGAGAACAAAACAGGUUCAGAUGGAGCCCCAGUGAAUGGCGAGGAGCAGGGCGCCCAGGGCGGGGCGGCUGGACUUCUGGGAAUGAAACCCUUGGGCGACAACCAGCUCCCUCAGCCAGUCAACAAACAGUUGUUGGACUCUGGCUCCGGGCCAGCCCUGUGUGAGUGGGAGGGCUGGCUUCAGGGUGCAGCCAGCUGGAAGGACUUCUGAGGCUGGGGCUCGGGGUAGGUGGGCAAAUACCCAGAAACUGAGGGUAGCCAGCCAUGACCCCAGAUUGCCCUUCCCUCUGCCACCCCCCCCCAGCGAUGCCACACUGUCCCCUUCCUGGGCUGCCAGGGCUCCCUACAGCCCUGCACUGAGCUUGCUCUGCAGUCUGGUACCCCCAGCUAUAAGGGCAGUGCCUACUGCCUCCCACAAGUCCAGAGAUGGAUGGGGGAAGUCAGAGGGGGCCUUUUGUCCCAGUGGAGCCCCCAGAUUAGGGCAGAUUUGGGAUCCAGAUGAUGGAUCGGGCCCCGGGCCAGCCCUGGGGUUCCAUGUCCAGCUCCCAGGAAGCAGGCAGAAACAGCCAGGGGGCUGAACUGAGGGGCCACUGUAAGAUCAGCCCGUGUGCGUGUGCAUGUGUGUCCGGCCUACCAUCCUCAGGCCAACACAGGGAUGCAGCCAGCGGAGGCCAGAAGGCAGGAGGGGUGGGGCUACCUGCUUCCCCCCACCACCCCACCUCGUCUGGAUGUUUCUGCCCCUGGGAAGGUGGGACAGGAUGAGUACAGGCCUGUGGCCCUGACCCAGAGCCACAAAACAAGGAAACAGGGUUUCAUAAUCCCUGAGCCUGAGGAGGGCGUGGGGGGUGGGGGGGUUGUUGCUAUGUUGCUACUGGUGAGGGAUUCCCCUGCUUUAUUUUAUUUCAUUGGCAGAACAGUCCGGUGAAGGAGGUGUUUACAGAUGAAGACAUCGGGGCUCAGAGAAUGGGGGUGUAUUAGCCCGCUGGGGCUGCCGUCAAGAAAUACCACAGACAAGGGGAGGGGGCUUAAAGAGCAAAUUUAUUUCCUCUCAGUUCUGGAAUCUGGAAGUCUGAGAUGGGGGUGUCAGCAGGAUUGGUUUCUCGUGGGCUCACAGCUGCCUCUCCCUGUGUCCUGGUAUGGCCCUUUUUCCCCUCUGCCUGAGCAUCCCCAAUGUCUCUGCUUAGAAGGACCCCAUCCUACUAGAUCAGGGCCCCACCCUCCUGACCUCAUUUAGCCUUAAUCCCCUCUUUAAAGGCCCCGUGUCUCCAGGCACAGUCACAUUCUGAGGUACCAGGGGUUAGAGCUUCAACAUAGGAACUUCAGGGGACACACGAUUCAGCUCAUAACAGAGUUGGGAGACUUAAUAAGGUUAUGCACCAGUAGGAGGCCAAAGUGGGUGGGGUUUGAACUCAGGUCUGACCGACCCCACAAUCUAAGGCUCUUUUUUUCCCAUCCCCCACAGCAUCCCCACUGACCUGUUUGUAGGAAACCAAGGUCUUGCCUACUCAGCCCCAGCUGUGUUGAACUUGCGGGCAGCAGCCGGCCACAGCGUGCAUCACAGGGCUGGCCUGGCAGACAGGGCCAAGAUGCCACUGAACCGGCCUGGCUUCUCUGUGGGCCCCGAGCAGGGGGUCAGGAGUCCAGAGCUGGGCAUUUGUGCAUGUAUGUGUGUGCCCAAGAGUGACGAGGACAAAGGCUGGGACAUGUGAUGGGGGCUCAUCUGUGUCUCCUCCCUGAGGUCUGUGCCCUCUCCGCUUGGCAGUCUGGCAUCCUCUGCCCUCUGCUUUCACUAGCCUUCAGCCUGAGGCUGGAGCCAGGGCCAGCGGCUCGUGAGAGAAGCCACCAGCUUUCCACAGAGAGACUGGGUCAUGCCCUGGCCCUUCUGCUCCCCCAUCCCCGAAGCCUACCAGUGACAGCUGGGUGCAAGGUCCUGCCCAUCAGGAAAAAUCUCACACCAGCCCUGAAGAUACCUGGCCCACUAUGGCCUCAUGACACCUUAAUGGAGUGGACCCACUUUGCCCUGGCUAUGAGCACAUUUCUCCUGGGGGCACAAAGGGGGGAGGAGGAGGGGGAGAGAGGCAGAGGGGUGGGGGGGAGCUGUCUAGGGACAGCAGAAACACCCCUGCCCACCCCACUUGCAGACAAAGCAGGCAUCCAGCUGGGCAGACCAAGGGUGUGUCGGGAAGGCUGCCCACACUGCCAGAUGAGGUCACCAGGUCUGCUCUCUGCUAGCUGGGUUCCGGGACCCAGCUGCCCCAGGGUGGGGGAAGUGGAGAGCAGCUGUGGCAGGAGGCAGGCCCUUCCUUCACAGGAAGGCUACAUGGAGCAGGGCUGCGGAGAAAAAAAGCCAACUCACAGCAGUGGUUUCCCCUUUCCCCCAGCUGUGACGCAACUUGCAGGGGGAACAUUCUUUUCCGAGGAAGGCUCUCCAGGAAUCAUCUCUUUCACCCAUGCAGCCCAAAGCCAGAGGGGAUCUUGGACAUCUGUUUGGCUUCCAAGUCAGGAAACCUGCUCCGCAAUGGUGUGGGGGGAGAACCUCACCAGCAGGCGGGAGACCUGGGCUCCAGACCAGGGGAAAACCCUAGCAAGUCACAGAACAUCUCCGCCUCCCUGUCCCCGCUCUGAAAACAUGUGUUUGUACUCUGAUUUUCCAGGCUGUUUGCAGGAACCACACAAGUUCUUGGGUGGGGACAGGGAAGGGAAGCCUCAAAUCUUUUUGAAAAGGUAAAUAAAUUCAGGGCUCGCACGUAUGGGCAGGGAGGUCGUCACUGCCAAGGUUGCACAGCCAAGGUGGUAAGUGGACUGAAAUCCAGUCUGGGCUCCGCUCCUCAAGGCUGCUCCCUGGCAUGGGAUCGUGUCCACCCAGAAGAAGGGACACCUUUCCCAAAUCUAUAUGAAGGCAUUCUUCGCUCUAGAGGGAGAGCAGGUGAAGUCCCAUCUGGGGUUUGCUGAGCCCUGUGCCUAUUUUCAGCUCAGUGCGACCGGCGCGACUUCAGCAGAAGCACAGGGGUUCAGGGGGCUUGGUGGAGCAGACGGUAACCAUGCGGAUGGAGCAAGGAGGCCACCCUGGAGCCUGAGAAUGCCUGGAGUUCCUGAGCUGGAUUCUCGAAGGAUAAGGAGUCAGCCAAGAGUGGAAGGGAACAGAACACCUGCAAGACGGCCCGGAGCCGGUCCUUGGGCCCUUGUGUGUCUCGUGUCUGGUGAAGAGUCAUGGACAAACUUUUGUUCUAGCCGUCUGUGCAGGAAUAUCCAAAUAGCCAUAGAAGGUAGAGUUUCUCCCUCCUGGGAAGAGGGCAGAUUUGUUUCUUCCUGACCAGUAUAAUGAAAUAAUAUCUCUCACCUUAGAAAAUUGUGUCUCCCAUCAGGGCAAAAGCUGGGCAGGUUUGCUAGCAGCCUCUUUAAGAAGAUCUAGAUUUCCUUGGGCUUGAGUUUCCCCAGACCCCAGCAUCCAUCCGCCUGGGCCCACUGCCACCUCCCCCUCUGGGCCCCUGAUGGACCAGGAGACC